AUGAAAACGCUAGCAAUCUUAUCCCUGACCGGCCUGGUCUCUGCCCAAGCUGCUCCGUACGCUCAAUGUGGCGGAGGCAGUUAUUCUGGCCCUACAACAUGUGUCUCUGGCUGGACUUGCCAAUAUCAGAGUGACUGGUAUAGCCAAUGUAUUGCAUCUUCUGGGGGUAGUACCACUACUCUAGCAACAAAAGUUUCUUCAGAAAUUGCAACUAAAACGACAACCACAACCAAGGCAACCACCACCAGUGCCACUGCGACUGGAUUCCCCACUACAAAUGGACUGAAAUUUGAGAUUGAUGGAAAGACAAGCUACUUUGCCGGCUCCAAUUCCUACUGGAUCGGCUUCCUCACUAACAAUGACGAUGUUGAUCUUGUCUUCGACCACAUGGAUGAAUCUGGGCUCCGAAUCCUCCGAGUUUGGGGAUUCAACGAUGUCAACACUGUUCCCUCUGCUGGGACUGUCUAUUACCAACUGCUCAAGGAUGGAACUGCUACCAUUAACACCGGCGCAGAUGGUCUACAGCGCCUGGACUACGUGGUUGCCUCCGCCGAGGCACGGAAUGUGAAACUGAUCAUCAACUUUGUCAAUAACUGGUCGGAUUACGGGGGUAUGGCGGCCUAUGUCACUGCUUUCGGUGGCAGCCAGACAAGUUGGUAUACAAACACUGCAGCUCAAACAGCCUACCGCGCCUACAUCAAAGCUGUUGUUUCCCGAUAUAUUGACUCGCCUGCCGUCUUUGCAUGGGAGUUGGCCAAUGAGCCCCGCUGCAAUGGUUGUGAUACUUCGGUUCUUUACAACUGGAUCAAGUCUACCAGUGCCUAUAUCAAAUCUCUGGACUCAAAGCAUAUGGUCGCCAUUGGUGAUGAGGGCUUCGGACUGGACACCGGGUCUGAUGGUAGCUAUCCCUACAGCUACGGCGAGGGCCUGAACUUCACGAUGAAUCUAGGGAUUGAUACCAUCGACUUUGCUACCUUCCAUCUCUACCCCUCCAGCUGUAUGUAUAUCCUCCCCAUCACCUUUUGUCUCGACCUUGCUAAUGGAUCCAUGCAAGGGGGAACUACCAAUGAUUGGGGCAACGGUUGGGUCACAUCCCACGGUGCUGCCUGUGUAGCAGCUGGCAAGCCAUGUCUCUUUGAAGAGUACGGUGUCACCGCCGAUCACUGUGCCAUUGAGGCUCCCUGGCAGAAGACCGCGCUGAACACCGAAGGCGUUGCAGCUGAUCUCUACUGGCAGUAUGGAGACACACUGAGCUCUGGAAAAUCCGCCGAUGAUGGAAACACAUUCUACUAUGGAACUGCCGAAUUUAAAUGUCUGGUAACGGACCACGUCGCAGCCAUUAACUCCUAG